AUGGCCCCUUCAGUUAAAACAUAUCCACGUUACCUCUGCCGCGGUCGACUAUAUGCGUUGUCGCAAUUUGAAAUUACGUGUGUGUCCUGCGGACGCAAGUAUCAUAGCAAGUCUCAUGCAUAUAAUCACGUCAUCACGCAUCAGUGCGUCCAGCCUCAUGGUGGUAAUAAUGGCACAGAGCUUUUUGGCCUCGAUGCCGUGGCUCCUAACGAGAUGAUCGCUGGACGCAGUGAGAAGUUGCUGCAAUACAUUGACAGCUACUAUGUAUGGUUAAAACUUGCGACGUCCAAUAUUAUGCAGAUGAAUGUCCUCAGCAACAAGCUCCCGUUCCGGCGGGCCCUUCGGUGGUUGGUGCGGGAGCACAGCCGCAAGCUAACAAACCGGACCAAACAGGUGGACAAGGAGUGGAGUCCGCCGAAGGGCCAGGCGGAAAUGCAGUGGAGCCCCGACAAUCUAACAGGUGACGGCGACUCAGGCGACGUCAGGGGCAACGGCGGCACAGCUGUGCAGGUGACGGAUCACCUGGACACAUUGGGACGGAUGGAGAGGUGGAGAUCCGUAUUGUUGCCACUGAAGAAGCAACGGUUGGCGACGGAGGUGCAGUCAACCACCUUGGACAUGGUGAAGCAGUGGGCGACAGAUGUGGGCGGUGGAGAUUGCAACAGCCAUGAUGACAGCAAAGGCCACCUCAAAGCGCAGCCGUUCUGGACCUGA